AUUCAUACAAAAAUAAUAAAUUACCCUCCCCAAUGUACACACUCCCUUCCAAAGAUUCUUCCCAAUUACACCGUCCAACUUUCUCAAUCACCUCUCCUGCCCUAAAACCUCACUUUCUUUACCAAAUCAAGAACACAAAAUCUGCUCCAGGCCAAGUUGACGUCAUGCAAGCUAAGAAAGACUUGAGCAAGAAAAUAAUUAAGGAAAGGAGACAGUCAAGAGAGACACCCAAAUUUCCUCAUAAGAAGUCUACUGUCAGAAAAUCACUAAGCUUGCUUGCAAAGAAGGCAUAUAGAGUCCAUCGCAAAGCUCUGCCACCUAUUAUUACUAAAGAAGGACUUAAGAACUAUAAGAGACACUUAUAUAGUUUGGACUCAGAUUUUGAAGAAUUUCUUCAAAAAGGGCAUGUUUCUGCUCUAAAAGAUAUUAAUAAGUCCUUUAACCCUUACAAUAAUGCUGAAUCUCUUGCAUGAAAUCAAGCUUACCAAGGGAAUGAAAACAAAUCAGUGGCAGUCUACUCAAUGUGGUGAGAUAAUAAAUUAAAAAUCCAUCAAACUCCCCCAAAUACUCGCAAUUUGAAACCUCAAGGUUUAGAAAUGACGCAACACUUUGACAAGAUGACUAAAUUUGGGAAAAAUACCAUAUCAGGUUAUGAGGAUAAGCUUGAAUCCUCAUCCAAUAAUCCUCUAUUCAGGAAUAGUAAGGCUAUAAAACCUAGCAAGAGGGUUAAAUUAUCUCGUACUUUGUCAACUGUCAAAAAUCUGAGAGCUUUUAAAAAUCAAGAUUUCUCUGAUUUUCCAAGCAUAUACAGAGAAGAGACUACCAGAAGCACUGUUUCGAACUCAAAGACCACUCAGAAGCUUAAUCACAAAUUGAGUAGAAAUUUGGACAUCCAAGAAGUUUACAGAGGCGGGAACAAAUCAAGAGCUACAAGUUCAGCCAAAACCUGUGCCAAUAUUACUAACACCUCAUCUGAUUAUAUGAAACAAUGAGAAAAGCAGAUUCCUUACUCCAAUUUAGUGACUUCCACGAGGUUGUCUACUCGUUCGCAAGUCUAAGAAAAGAUUAGGCUUUAUAUUUCUGUAUAUCAUACUUUAUAAUAACAUAAAAUUAC